AGAUCCUUUGCCACACGUCAGGUCGGCAGCAGAGGGUAUAAGAUGGCCGCAAAUUCUCCCACGCGGUGCGAGGGCAGGGCACUUUCAUGGGCUUUCCGGACAACACCAACAUCAGCAUAAUACCAUCAUGUACCAAGGAGUUCAUCGAUCCUCGUCGGAUUUCACACAGCCCCAGGGUUUGGUGGCGAGUGAUCUCCAACUCAAAGGGUGGAUACGCAUAUUGAAAUUCUUUGCCCGUGUGCUCAGUCUUAUCUGCAGUGCGGUCGUAAUCGGGCUCUCGAUCGCUACGUUCAAGAUAUUUCUCGCUACGAAAGACCUCCCGGCGCGUAACACGUUUCUGCCAUGGGCGCGGCCGACGGUGCUCUGGCCACAGAUCCUGACGCUCACGAUCGCGUGCAUCUCGUUCCUCGCGUGCAUCUACGUGAUUUGGGGGUACAUCCGCAACGGGCACCGCGGAGGCGAAGCGGCAUCUCCGCUGGCCACGACGGCGACGGUGAUCGGCUUCAUCGCAUGGAUAGUUAUCUGGGCGGCCGCCGGGACGUCCAUGCAGACCGUCCGUGCAUCCCAGGAGGGAAAGGAUAUGUGGGGAUGGGCUUGCAAUAAAGACGCCGGCCCGAGGAGACAGGCCUUUGCUAAUAAGAUCGACUAUGACCUCGUCUGCACCAUGCAGGAUUGGAACUUCAUUUGCACCAUGAUUCACGUGGCUACGGUGGUGCUUUCGGCGGCGGUGUGGGUCGCUGCUGUGUGGAGGUUGAGGGUUCAGUCGAGGAUUCAUAAGGGGUGUGAGAAGGGCGGUUCGCAGGGGCAGGCGUGAGGUUUCUUAAUUCUAUUAAUCCUGUCAUGAAAUCGUUUUUGGGACUUCUUUACUGUUUUUAUGGGGUUUGGGGCGUUUUGUAUAUCAUCGAG